AUGCCUACCAGUUUUUCUGCGCUACGCAAGCAUUGGAAGCGCGGAGAGCAGAGGAGUCCGCACGUACAGCAUGAUGUUGCUGAAACUCUAGAUUCUUCUGCUCUCACCAGACGCAAUUGCUCUGGUGUUCGCGAUGCACCAGACUAUAACAUCAUAUUCGGCUCGCUAAGGGCUAAAAUCAUUGCACAAGAUGUCAGGCCCUCACGGUUCCGAAUCCAAGAUCUACCACCCGAGUUGCUGGCAGAGGUCUUCUUCCGCUACAUUUUGCUAAUUUUCCAUACCUGCUCAAGCAUCGAAAACCCUCCUAGACCAUACGCAUGGCUUGUCAUUAGGCAUGUUUGCGGGGCGUGGCGAGCCGUUGCACUCGCCUAUCCCCAGCUGUCUAGUCAUAUCUAUCCAUCUCGGAAGCUCGCAUGCGUGCAGGACAUGCUCAGCCGCUCUGGGACGGUGCCUUUAUAUGUGCAUGACAUCUUGAACGACUGGAUGGAAUUCAACAUGGAAGUACGGAGAGAGGUGCUCGACCACCUGGACCGUAUCGUUUCGGUGCGAAUUGCAGUGCACCUUUCCGUCCCGACGCCAAGCCCUCGGGGAUCUCAGCACCCGGCAGUGUCGAUUUUGGAGACCAUGUCGAUUCACGCUCGACCAUAUAUCGGGCUCACCUGUCGCUUGUUUCCGGGAUGGGUUUUUCCUCGCUUGCAGGACUUCACCUGCUGGAAGAUCAGCCUAUCCUCGUUCCACACACUUCUUCCUCCAGGACUGCGUCGCCUCUCCCUCAACCAUUGUUUUCCCUCCCUGUUGUUGGACGACCUCAUCUCCCUCCUCGACGGCUUGCCGCAGCUCGAGGCGUUGGUGGUCCGGAACGCGUUCACCGUUUCUGACCUAUCCGGAGGCACACAGAGGAUGCUCUCGUUUCGCAAGUCCGUAGCGUUGCGGCGUCUCAGGACGCUUGAUUUGUGGGACCAUUGCUAUGUGAGAGCGUCGCACUUUCUUCGCCGACUCGCCUAUCCCGGAACUGCUAGCAUCAGGCUAUCAUUUGUAGGCGCUUUCGAAAACCCUCCGUACGACUCCGAGCUGCUAGUCGAUCCGCUCCUUGCAAGAUUCGAUACUAUGAACUGCGACCCGUUCAUUCACUGCAGCUCGCCGCAGUCUCUGUUGAUCGUGUCUACAAUUGAUCAAUGGCUCCGGGUCUGCCUAUGGACGGAGCGUCUAUCGCUCGAGGAACUACAGGAAAAGAAGGACAGAGGGGAUUGCGCCUGCUUUUGCUUCAAUAUGGCCACCCCUCCUAUCACUUUUCUUCGCGUCUUCCUGCGACGGCUUCCGCUCGCGGACAUUCGCUUCGCGCACCUUGCUGAGCCUGGGGUCACUGGAGCAUUUCCGUGGCGUGAGCUGUUCCCCUCGUUGACGUCCCUCGAGGGACUCACCAUACAAUGCGCGGAGUGGCCUAGUCUGGAGCGCGAGAUCUGGCAACGCGCAGAAGACUUUGAGCGGGGCUCUCCUCACUCACUAUUCCCUGCCCUUACCGUCGCUCAGCUUUGCAACCUUUACAAACCGAUGUGGCACGUAGAAAUGGCUAACACUAGCUACAUCUCGGACUUGCACAUCUUGGUGCAUCUCCUGCGGGGUGGGCGAACGUGCGAGCGUGGUUCCGUGUUUGCACAAGGCAAGCCGAUAAAGAUCUGGACUCCUCAAGAUUUCCGCCCGAACAGGAAGACGUAUCUGGAUGAUGAUCUGUCAGCGACGAGUCGUGAUAGACAUCCGGAAGUAAUCAGCUACCAGCCUGGCGAGGAGCCUCCCGCGGUCUCCUGCGUAGCACCAUUCACAUCGUGGUUUUCGUCUCGAGGCGCCAGUCUUCGUCGGUCGCUUCGAACAGGCUCUUGA